AUGACUCAGAAAAAUAUUAAUAUAAGUAUAUCUGAAGGCUAUUCUGGUCAAGAUGAUAAUUGGAAUAAUCUUGAUAAUCUUUGGGCUGGCUGUUUUUUGUGUGAAGGAAAAGAUUUUCCUGACUUAAAGGAUAAGAUAGCAACAGAACGUUUAUGUUAUGCAAAAAUAUUGCAAAUAUUCUGGAAAGGAAUUAUUAAGGAGUAUAAAAAGAAAAAAAAAUCUAGUAUCUGCUCUUGCAUCUCAUUCAGAAAAUUUAAAGAUGAUUAUUGCAAAAUUACUAAGAAAAAUGCAUCUCAUUCAGAAAAUGUAAUUGAAACUCCUACAAAUGAUCAUUCCAUUUCAGUUAAAGAUGAUUAUUACAAGAUUACUAAGAAAAACAAUAUUAUUGACUUUUGUUGUGAUAUUCUUCAAGAACUUGAUGGCAAGUAUAAUAUUCAUCCAUUUUAUAAAUAUGAUGAAAAAGAAACAGCUAUAAAAAAUCCAAUAGAUUUAUUUACUAUAAAUUCAAAAUUAGAAAAUAAUCAAUAUACAAAACCUGUAACAAAACAAAUUCGAAUUUUAGAACAAAACAAAGAUAAAUUAGUAUAUAACCAAGUUGUAAAUAAUGCUUUUCUUAUUGCUUCAGCAUAUGAAAAUCUUGUUGCAGUUAAUUUAAUAAAAAAUCAAAAAGAUAAGUUUAAUACAAAUGUUCUAGAAAAAUUGGAUAAAAUUAUUGAAAAAGAAGAUGAAAAAGUUUUACUAGGAAGAUCAUAUGCAUAUUGGUCAAAAGAAUAUAAGGAAACUAAACAAACAACUAUAGGAGAAAUAUUAGACAGUGGAGUUAAUCAAUUAAAAUCAUAUAUGAAUAUUAUUUCAAAGGUAAAACAAGUGAUUAUUUUAGUUCAGGAAUAUUUGACAAAUGGAUUAAAAUAA